CACUGUGGGGCCAGGAUAAAAGGCAGCCAAACUGGUGGCUCUCUCAACCACUUCUGUCACCUCCUUCUCCUUGGGAACCAGGUGCAGCGCCAGGCUCCAGACAUGUCCUGCUCUGAGAAGUGCCAGCAGUGCCAGCCCUGCGAGCCUUGCUGCCAGUCCUGUGGCCCCUGCCCGCUGGCCAGCAGCUGCAAUGAGUGCUGUGUCAGGCAGUGCCAGAGCUCCCACGUUGUCAUUGAGCCGCCUGCUGUGCUGGUGACCCUGCCUGGCCCCAUCCUCAGCUCCUUCCCACAGAACACCGCCGUGGGAUCCUCCACCUCUGCUGCUGUUGGCAGCAUCCUCAGCUCUCAGGGAGUGCCCAUCAGCUCUGGGGGCUUUGACAUCUCCUGCAUCACCAACUGCUGUGGUGGCAGCAGAUGCUGUCGUCCCUGCUGAAGAUGCCACCAUCAACGUCCUUUGGCAAGAACCUCCAAGACCUGACAACAUGGAGCUGGAAUGAAGACACAAUUUUGGGAGAUUGGAUUUAAACUUUUUAGCUAUUACUUCCUUUUGCUCUCUCUUUCUUCCUUUACUUUCUUGUUGACACUGUCCAAUAUCACCUUAGUGGCCCCCUCCCUUCCCCACCUCUAUUUGCCAACCAGGCCUUUGGAUACCCCCACUUCAUCUUAGCAGCCUCUCCUGGUGCUGUCUCUGACAUACCCAGUUUUCUUCUUUAUACUCAAUAAAGUUUUUUGCAUUCAAACCUCAA